ACUUCGGAAGCCGCGAUGUUUGGCAAGCGUCUGUUUGGAAAGCCCGGUUCGUGCCGGAGCCGGUUACCGGCCCUUGCCUCCCACCACCACCACCACCCCCUUCCUGCCUCCUCGUCAUGCUUCUGAAAAGACUACAGGCUAGAUUUCCGAUAAGUUUUAGGUCACGGCCCUUCAUCUCGCCUAUCUGCAGAAGACAGCUGACGACGGAGACGCAGGCAAGGCCCUCGCGUCGUCCACACUAUCUGUUUACUGGCAUUGUCGCGGGAGUAGGAUUAUACUUGGGAGGUGCAAUUUUCCCACCGCAGGAGCUUGUUUUUCUCUAUCCACGUCAUGCGCCUGGUCCUCCGUCUGAUUUAAACUCGCCCGAUGUGAUCGCCUAUACGGAAUCGCUGGAACAGAAGCUGCAGAAUCUUCCAUUACUGCAGAAAGUCCGAAACGCGGCGGAUGCAGAUGAUUGGUACGAGACACGGCCAUAUACGAACUUCCCAGAGGAAAGGCGCGUUAACAACCUAACGGCAGGUGCUCUAAGGGGUCCGGGCAAGCUGGCACUUCCACCAGUAGUCAGGGCAAAGAGGGACGAGAGUGAAGCGUGGAUAUUUGCUCACCUUGGUCGAAGUUUGUGCGGACAUGAUGGAAUCAUCCAUGGUGGAUUAUUGGCUACCCUGCUAGACGAGAGUUUGGGUAGACUGGCUAUUGUCAAUCUUCCUGAGAAAGUUGGUGUCACUGCGACCCUCUCACUCACAUACAAGGCUCCUACGAUCGCCGAUCAGUUUGUUGUCAUCAAGACAUCUCUCAAAGAACUCCAAGGGCGAAAGAUUACUGUCACCGGACGCAUAGAGGAUUUAGAGGGAAAAGUUCUCGUUGAGGCAUCGUACGUCAGUCAAUAUCAUUUAAUGCUACCGUGAUUGAUGCAUAUGCAGUGCUCUAUUCGUCCAACCCAAAU